AUGCCUCGUCAUCAAACUCAUACCUCGAUUGGUGUUAUUCCUCUGAUCGGUUCGAAUGAUUCUGACGAUAUCAUCGAAAAAGCAGCAAGUCAAUCGGAUGUUGUUAUUCAUACGGCUAAUUCGGUCGAUGAUCUUCCAUCGACUAGAUCGAUUAUUACUGGUUUGAACAAACGAAUUAAGACAACAGGAAAACUAGCUAUUUAUAUUCAUACGGGUGGUACUGGUGUUCUUGCUGAAGAUGUUCGAAGAAAGGAAGGAUCGAAUACAAUCUAUAGUGACCUUCAUUCCGAUAAAAUCAAUGGUUUACCUGAUGAACAGACACAUCGAAAUGUUGAUCUCGUUAUAAUCAAUGCAGCAAAAUUCAAUCCUCUAUUGAAAACUGUUACCGUUCUUCCACCUGUCAUCUAUGGCAUUAUUACAGGACUGUUCAAUCGUGCUUACAUGCUACUUUCAAUACUGCUUCGUUCUGCAUUGAUACGAGGUAAGACAGAAAAGAUUGGACCAGGUGAAUCAACGUGGAAUAAUGUUCAUAUCGCCGAUUUGGUCGAUGCUUAUAUUAUUCUUUUCGAUCAACUUCUUGCUGUCUAUGGACCAGAUGCCUAA